ACCACCACAAUGACAAGGGGGGAAAGGAAGAGGUUUCUGUGGUGAAAUUUCCUGUUUGAACAGAAGUCGAACUGGCUAAGGGGGCUGACAGGAGCCAGUUUCUUCAGUGUGUUUGAGGGAGCAGAGGAGAAACUUGUGCUGACAGUCAAACAGACGGUGUGACGAGCAGAAGAACAUGGAGGGAUGCCUGACACUCGUUUUACUCUCCUCCAUAUUCACUCUAACCACAUCUGAUUUUGAGACUGUUAGGUUGGUUGGUGGUAACAGCAGUGGUAGAGUGGAGGUUCAUCAUGAUGGUCAGUGGGGAACAGUGUGUGGUGAUGACUGGGAUAUGACUGAUGCUAAAGUGGUGUGUAGAGAGCUGGGAUGCGGAGAGGCUGUUGAAACUCUGGGUGAUGCUCACUUUGGACAAGGAUCAGGACCAAUCUGGAUGGAUGAUGUGGCUUGUACUGGAUCAGAGUCUACACUGAAGAACUGUAGAUCAAGAGGAUGGGGUGUUAGUAACUGUGGUCAUCAUGAAGAUGCUGGAGUCAAAUGCUUAGGUCGCCACCCCAGACUCGUUAAUGGAUUCCACCUGUGUUCUGGGAGAUUAGAAAUUCUUCAGGGGAACACAUGGUACACAGUGUGUGCCGCUGCCUUUGACCAGCAGGAUGCAGAGGUUGUGUGUAGAGAGAUGAAAUGUGGGGCUCCUGUACAGGUGCUGGGAGCAGCUGCUUUUGGCAAAGGAGACGCUCAGAUGUGGACACAUAAAAUUCAGUGCAGAGGAAAUGAAUCUCACAUUCGACACUGUUCAUUGUCAACUUCACCUCAAAUAAGCUGUACCCAUGAUAAUGACAUAGGACUGAUAUGUUCUGGUUACACUGAUCUCAGGCUGGUAAACGGCCCUGACAUCUGUUCUGGUCGAGUCGAACAUCAGUACUUAAGUAAAUGGGGCACAGUGUGUGAUGCAUGCUGGGAUAUGAGAGCUGCCAGUGUCCUCUGUAGACAGCUGAAUUGUGGGAUUGCUGUGUCUGUUGUGGGACCAGAUUGGUUUGGAGAGGGAAGUGAUCUCCAAAGGGCUGAUGUGUUUGAUUGCGACGGGAAUGAAACAAAACUCUCAGAAUGUUCCAUCUCUUCAUGGAGUCGAGCUGAAUGUUCGGAUAGACAUGUUGGAGUCAUCUGCUCUAAGUUUAAAGAGAUCAGGUUAAGUGAGGGCUGUGAAGGGAAUGUGGAGGUUUUCUACAAUGGAUCCUGGGGUAAUGUGUGCUGGAACCAGAUGGACGGAGACACAGCGAGUCUGAUCUGUCAGGAGCUGAACUGUGGAAGAUCUGGGGUUUUGUCUGAUUCUACAGCAAGAGUGGAAUCAGCUCGUAACUGGCUAGAUGAAGUGAAGUGUCGACCACAUGAUUCAUAUCUGUGGCAGUGUCCAUCUUUACCCUGGGGACAGAAUAACUGUAAUAAUAAGGAUGAAGUGGCCAAAAUCACCUGCUCAAAGGAGGAGAAUCAGGAGUCUCUUCGAGGUCGUCUGACAUGUUUUAUCUCACCAACUCCUCACCAGAAACAGUGUUCAGAUCAUGUUCCUCUCAGACUGAUUGGAGGGGAGGGCCGGUGCUCUGGGAAGCUGGAGGUGUAUCAUAACGCUGUGUGGGGCUCAGUCUGUGAUGAUCAGUGGGACAUCAGCGAUGCUCAGGUGGUCUGCAGGCAGCUGGGUUGUGGAGCAGCACUGAGAGCUGAUGGGAAUUCAUUCUUUAGUGCUGGUGAAGGUGUUGUGUGGAUGAACAAAGUUGAAUGCAGAGGGAAUGAGAUUCACCUGUGGGACUGUCUUCUCUCCCUGAAUAACCACACUGACUGCUCACUCAAGAAACUUAUUAGACUCACCUGUGCAGACUUGUCAGAUUUGUCAGUGUCCACUACUCCUGCCACAGCAUCAUCAGCUUCUCCUCCAGUUUCUCCUCCAGUGCGCUCAACAUCAGUCACUCCCAAACUCCUCUCUCUCUCCGUCCCCCCAGUGCUUGUGAUUGUUCUGGGAGUUGUGCUCUUACUGCUCUUAGUGCCACUGCUUAUACUGAUUCAGCAGAACAGAGUGAUGAGGAGAGCUCUCUCUAAGAGGAGACACAGGACGACGACUGAGGCCAUUUAUGAGGAGAUUCAGCACAGACACAAUCACUUCACUCAGAGGGGGAGUCUCAUCUCUGAAGAACUGCAUUCUGGGUAUGAAGAUGCUGAUGAGCUUCUCUCAGCAAAAGAGUUCAAGACUGCAUAUUAUGAUGAUGUCACCAACAGCAGUGGCCUAAAAGAAGAGAUGGUGAAGGAAAUCACACCGGGAUACUAUGAUGAUGUCAUCACUGAUGGACUGAAACCAGAUCGUGAGACAGAAGACACACCUGAGAGCUAUGAUGAUGUCAUGACGAGCGAACGGAACUCUGAUAUCAAGAAAGUGAACACACCAGAGAAUUAUGAUGAUGUCAUCAUUAAUAGACCGAGCUCUCGAGGGGUAACAGAGAGAGUUCAGGAGGAGUAUGAUGAUGUGAUGAGUGUCAGUGAAGAUGUGAGAAACCUAUUGGAUUAUGAUGAUGUGGAGGAGGAGUCAAACAAAGAAGGGGGGCAUUUGGCUCAAUGAUCCCACCCCCUGCCUCUGUUCAACAAAUCUGCACAAAGUUUGAGUGAUAUUGUUAUUGAUAUGUCAAAUCUCAGGUUUUU